AUGGCAGUAAGUAACUCAUCAUGUUAUCUAGUGUUUUCUAGGUUAAGACUGAAUAAUAUACUAACACUUACGGUACAGUACACAUCUCAUCUCUCUUCGAAAACCGGUCUACAUUUUGGUAGACUUUCUUUAAGAAGCUUAACUGCAUACGCACCAAACUUGAUGCUAUGGGGUGGAGCCAGCAUGUUUGGCUUAUUUGUGUUCACAGAAGGUUGGCCCAAGUUUCAAGAUGCCUUAUACAAAAAGAUUCCGUUGUUAGGACCUACAUUGGAGGAUCAUACUCCACCAGAAGAUAAGCCUAAUUGA